AUGUCUUCAACCGAGCCUUCCGCCAUCGAGCAGGGCGAGCUUCUCCAGGCCGCCGCGUAUGCUGAGCCGCCUAUCACGCCGAGGAACCUCGCCCUGAGCCUUAUGGUCAUUGUCUUAGUCACUGCCACCAUAGCCACAAUAGUCGUUGGCUUACGAGUCUAUGUUCGAGGAUGGAUGGGCAGGAAGACGCAUAACUGGGGCUGGGACGAUGCUUCCGCUGUUCUAGGCUACCUCGCUUUCUUCUCCAGCAGUAUUUUCGCCAUUAAAGCUGCCCACUACGGGCUGGGCACGCCGGACGCCGACCUUAACCCUUAUCUGAUGGUCCGAUGCGCCGAAUACUUGCUCUACUCGCAGGUACUAUAUGGCGUGUCGAUGCCCUUCAUAAAAGCAUCAGUUGUGCUCACUCUAGUACGCAUCACUACGAAGAGAGGGUACCGCUGGGCCUUGUAUGGCAUGCAACUGGUGGCUAGCAUCAUGGCCGUGGUAGGCGUUUUGGCUUCCCUACUUUACUGCAGACCCGUGCGAGCAUACUGGAACCCUCUUCUGGGAACGUGCGGCAACUAUAUGACCGUGGUCAACAUCGGAUAUGCCUGGACGGCAGUAGGGAUAGUAACUGACUGGAUGUGCGCUACUAUCCCUUACUUCAUUGUACGCAACCUGCAGAUGUCCAGGCGAGCAAAGACUACGGUCAUGACUAUUCUGGGCCUAGGUGCUGUUGCCUCGGCAGCCACAAUUGUUCGCGCGCCUUAUUUGCAAUACUAUCUCGUCGAGACAGACCGGCUCUAUUGGAACGGCCACAUUUCUAUCUGGUGUCAGGUCGAGAGCGGUCUUGGCCUUAUCGCAACUUCCCUUCCCGCUCUUCAUCAGUUAUUCCGCAGAUAUCUUGAAACCUCUCGUUACGCGUCCGGCUCCGGGUCCGGAAGCCGGCCCGUCGGUUACGGUUCUCAGGGCGACACUCUCAACAGUCCUACAGAACAGAGUGUGCCCAUGGAUACCUUCGGCAGCCGCGCCAAGACUUCUGUUAUUGGGGGCAAGUGGGAUAGCAAGUGGGAACGGCUAUCCGACGACAACUCCAGCGAAAGGCAUAUCAUCCAAGAGCGGACGAUUUCUGUUGAGACAGAAAGUACUACCUUCGACGACAAGCACGGUUCGAAGGUGUAA